AUGGCGACUCCCCGAGGCCCCACACCCCCUGCACAGACCCCUAGGGGACCAACAGCAGCAGCUGCUGCUGCAGCUGCUGCUGCUGUUGUGCUGCCGCAGCCCUGCGCUCCUGGCAGCCGAAAGGCAGGCAUCAAAGCUGUACCCCGCCCACUCCAGAGAGCCUUGCCCUGCAGCGGCAGAAGCACCAGCAGCAGCAACAGCUGCAUCUCGACGACUUGCAGCGGGAGCAGCAGAGCUGCAUCUGCGUGCAAUGGAAGCAGCAGCAGUGGCAGCAACUUGGAGGCGGCGACGGAGUCAACAGCGGCGCCGUCGCCUUGGCCUCGCGUGAAGCAGCAGCAGCAACAGCAGCAGCAGCAGCAGCAACAGUUGCAGCAGCCGCAGCAAGAAUGUUGUGCAACUACUACAGACGUCGGGAAUAUUACGUUGGACAUAACAUGUCGCCGGUCAGACUGCUCAACAGCAGCAGCCAGUGCAGCAGCAGCUGCUGGUGCUGUUCUCCCUAAGUCAGUAGCAGCUCAGCGGCAUCAGUCGGAUGCAGCAGCAGCAGCAGCAGUAGCAGCAACGGGAGAAGCAGCCCUGCCAGAACCAACCGACGCAGCGCGGUGCUCCGGGUCGAGCUACAGCGACGCAGGACGUGCAGCAGCAGCGACUGUGGAUGCAAGAGCAGCAGCAGCAGCUGUGGAUGCGAGGGCAGCAGCAGCGGGUGCUGCUGUUGCAGCGGCAGGAGCCGCCGCAUCGGCUGCUGCUGCUGGGUCUCUAAAGGUUCGUGCUGCAGCUGCUGCGUGUAAGCGGCAGCAUCAGCCUGUGCUGCCGUCACUGCUGCGUCGCGGGGUGGUCCCUUGUCUGUCUCUGAAGGCCGAAGGCGCAGCUGCAGCAGCAGUAGAUUCUGCUGCAGCACCAGCAGCAGCUGCUUGUGCAGCUGGCGGUCGGGGCUUGUGGUUAAGCAUGCAGCAACAGCAGCAGCAGGCAGCGGCGUGUCUUCAUGCCGCUGGCCUGAUGCUUGGGGUGCAGCCGUCUGCCCACGCAGCAGCAGCAGCUGCUGCUGCUGCUGCUGCUGCAGCCGUUGCUGCAGCUUCGUGCGCUUCGAGAGACUCAGGGAUGCAAACAGCAGCAGGUUUUGUUCGAGUUGCUGCACCCGGACUCACUCUCGGAGUGCCGGCGGCGCAGCAGCAACAGCGGCAGCAACAGCCGCAGCAGGAACAAACAGGAUUGCCCUGCAGCAGCGGCGAGGCCAGUGGUUUACCAACUGCGCCUGCAGCUCCUGCUGCUGAGGAAGCUCGUGUUUCAGCUUCCUUAUGCGUCAGAUCUGCUGCGGCAGUUUCAGCAGCAGCAGCGUCAGCAGCAGCCGCUGCUGCUGUUGCUGCACACCCUCACAGUCUGCUUGCCUGCUCAACGCCCUGUGGCCCGGCUCCCGAUGCAGCAGCAGCAGCGGAAGGAAGCCAGUUAGUGAAGAUGUGUAGACAGCCGCUUCAAGGUGCUGCUGCUGCUGAGGGCCCUCACAGUGCAUCUGCAGGCAGCUCUAGAGAUGCAGCGGCAGCAGCAACAUUAGCAGCAGCAGGAGCAGCAACGGGACAUCUCUGCAGCCGCUGCUUGAAGGGCUGCGAGAGGUACCCCCCAGUGCACGGCUUGUGCUUCCUAACAAAGGGGGCCUGCGUCACUUGGCGGCAGCGGAAGUUCGUGCUCAGGGAUGAAGCGUGGCUCGCUGCAGCAGCUGUUGGAAGCAGCAGCAGCAUCAGCAGCACCAGCUGCUCACUGUCAAGGGAUCAGCGGGCUAAGCCGGAGCAGCACAUUGUGAGCAUGCUGGACCAGGAUGGGCUGAAGGGUGCUGCUGCGGUCCCGUCUGCUGCUGCUGACUGGGCCACAGCGGCAGCAAGAGGACGGCAGCGGCAGCUGCAGAAAGCCUCAGCAGAAUGUGACGCUGUGAGCGCGUGUUCGUGCCCAGCCAUCAAGUUGCUGCAGGAGGCGUCGGGCAGCAGCAGUGUCAAGGAAGGUGAACUGCAGACACCGCGGGCCCAGGCAAGCCGUAUGAAAUCUGUAGACGUUGACGAUGGCGCUGUUGUUGCUGGUGCUGCUGAUGCAGCAGUUGACACAUGCGGCAGUAGCAGCAGAACCCGCAGCUGCAGCAGCGAUGAAGAUUCGCCAAGACGAAGCUGCAGCAGCAGCAGCAUUGGAAGCGGCAGCAGCAGCAGCAGCAAGGCCUGUUCGUCUUCCAGUUCAUUCAAAUGUGGAGAAACGGGUGCCCCUGGAGAAGCCAGCAGCAGCACCAGCACCAGCAGCGACUGCAACAGGUGGUGUGUGGCAUGCGGCUACAGCUGCGUUUCCGACGCUCCUUCUUGUUGGUUUGCUGCUGCGGCUGACGUCUGCUGUUUCCCGCUGUCGCUGUACGGGUCCCAUGCUGCAGCACGCGAGGCGGCGGUGCGUUAUUUGGUGCAGCAUCAAGGCCGCAUCACGUUCAUUGUCAAGCAGCAGCAGGACGAGCUGCAGUGGCUGCUACAGCCCUCAGCGAUACUUUAUGAAGACCACAUAGCAAUGCAGCAGCAACAACAGCAACAGCUGCAACAGCAACAUGCACUGAAGCAGUCCGAGGCAUACACGUUGAGGGGGCAACAGGAACAGGAACCACUGGCACCGCAGAAGUCGCACUUCCAUGACGUGGAGCAGAGACUGCCUCUGCUGCGGUCCCGCAGGUCGCUGCAGCAGCAGCAGCAGCAGCAAGAACGGCCCGACCGUCCCAAGAGGCAGCUUCCUCCGCGGCUUAAGGACCCUGAAGGCGCCGGGACUGUGCCUGCUGCAGAGAGCAGCAGCAAGAGCUGCACCUCAACGCCUGCAAAAGCAGAAGUUGUGGCGAAGCUAAUAGACGGUCCGCGAGCAUCGCAAGGGGCGGACUCUGCGGGGCAUGCCUUAGCUGCACCAGCCAACCCAGCGUCAAAAUCUCCAGUUGGUGCUUUCAGCAGCCAAAUCGGCUCAAAAAGUCACAGAACUCCCCUGUCUCGCUCGAUGAAACUUUGUGGGGUCAUUCCGCGGGUGGAGCAGCCGCCUGGCUGUGAAGGUGAAGAGGGGGCAACGGCCACAGCAGCAACAGCAGGAUAUCGUGUUGGUGACUUCUUGCAGGGAUUGCUGGCUUCUUCGGGCGGCGGCUCAAAGCAACAGCAGCAGCUAAUGCGCACGAGCAGGAAGCGGAAAGCUGCUGCUGUUGCUGCGGAGGGCGCUGGCAGCUCAUGGUGUGGCGGCCCUCGCAGCAGCAGCAUGAGCAGCAAUGGCGGCUGUGUUCUCAGCAGCAUGAAUCGAAUUUGGGCUGAGAAGGAAAUUAACAAGGAGGGCCGCCUGCUGCUGCGCAAUGCGUUCUUGUCUGGGUGUAUGGUCCCUUUAGGGGAGGAGUACGCUGUCUGUACUCUUGACGAUGUUGAGGCAAUGCCAGAGGCAGAACCAUUUUCUUCAAGCUGGUACUUGAUGCAGAUUUUCGUGCAGACACACAAGCUGCAGCGCAGCCAGCUGAUGGAUGUGGGGCUGACGCGGCAGCUCCUGGCGGCUCGGCGUUUUGUUUACUUGCUGUCCCCGUACGCUGAGUCAAGAGCGUUCGCUGCAGCGGCAGGCUCAGAACCCACCGCUGCUUCGGAUGCUGCUGCGGCUACGAAGCAUCCACCUAGCCCACCGGCUACCCGGCAGCAGCUUGCCUGCAGCAGCAGCAACAGUGGUGGCAGCAAGUCGCAGCAUGCAGCUGUUCCUGCAGGUGUCAAGUCUGACGGAUUGCGCUCAGCGGCUACCAGCAGUAGCAGCAGCAGCAAUAGCAACAAAGUAGAGUCUCAGCAGCAGUUGCAGCCAUUUGUGUCGCAGCAACAGUUUACGUUUGCUGCUCAGCAGCAGCUAGUGUCCGCUCAACAGCAGCAUCUAGUCCUCCAGUAUCUCAUGCGCCGGCGACAGGAACAGCAGCAGCAGCGUUCUGCAGCGACAGUAGGAGGCAAUUCGUUAGGUGCGGGAACGGCGGUUGCUACAACGGACGCGCAACUCCACCCGCAGCUGCUGCAGCAGCAGCGCAUGCAGCAAUGGCAUCAGCUUUGGCAGCAACAGCUCCUGCAGAGGCUGCAGCAGCAGCAUUUAACGCCGCAGGGCGUAGCUCCGGUAGCAGCACACCAAGCGCUGCUACAGCAGCAGCAGCAGCAGGGAGUGGCGGCUUUUUGGUUACAGCGGCCACAAUUGCGGCUUCCCUUUUGGCCUUUACUGCCGCAGCAGCAGCAGCCGCAGCAACAGCAGCAAAACGCUGCACCGACAGCUGCAGCUGCGCAACCAGCAGAGGCUACAAAGCAGCAGGAAGGCUCUAGGAACACAGCUGUGACUGCCACCUCUGAUGCUGCUGCUGCUUCUGUAAAGGCGUCUGCUUCGAAGGAAAGACAUGAAGAGCAUGACAACAGCAGCAGAAACAACGUCACAAGCAGCAGCAGUGGCUCAUGCCGCGCAAUGUCGGGAUUAUGCGACGCGGGCAGGGGCCUGCUGCCACCUGGAUAUGGCGAGCUGCCGCAACUGGAAGCCUUAGUGGAUGCUGCAGUGCUGCUGAGCAGGCACUUUAAGCCGAGCCCCCAGGCGCAUACAGAAGCGGGAGCUCGUUUGGACAGCAGAAGGCCACUGCACUGCGUGUGGCUCGAUGAGCGGCGACAGCCGCAGUGGCGCUGUCGGUGGACUGCCUCUGCUGGUCGCCGUUUUAGCCGGACAUUUUCAGUCAAUCUCUUCGGUUACGAACCGGCGAAGCGUUUGGCUGUCUGGUCGAAGCUGCUUGUCUCCACGCCUCAUCAGAGACGAGCGUGCCUUCAGGAGCUUUGGGACUCGGUACAGCAGCAAGUACGACAUCCGCUGCCUACCGAAGUAGCCGCGCUAUUGAAGCACGGGAAAGUCAAGCCAGAGGUUUGCUGUUUCGAGCUGAGGCCGCCUGCACUCCUGCGGCAUCAGCAGCAACUGCUGCUGCCGCAUCACCUUUCGCAUACAAAGGCCCAGGACCAGCAGCAGCAACAGGACCAGGAAUGCGAUUCUGUGACUUCCACGCCUUCGUCUCCUGUCAUUGGGCCUAGGAGCAGAGAGAAGCAGCAGCAGCAGCAGCAGCAGCAUGGUCCCCAGCAACAACAGCAGCAGCAGCCGAAGCAGCAUCAGGACACAGAGACUGCGCUGAACUUGACUCGUUCUGACAAAGAAAAGCGUUCUCGGGUAAUGUUGGCAAGCCCAGCAGCGCCUGCUGCUGAAUGCUGUGGUUCUGCCCAAUCGAGCUCUGAUCAGCCGUGUCGCGCUGCCGCUGCUGGAGUUGCAGCAGCAGCAGCAGGCGAGGACGAACAAGAAUCCUCGAUAGACGGGCAUCGCUCGCCCGAAAAUGCAGCAACAGCAGCAACAGCAGCACCAACUGUUGGAACAACGACAGCAGGGGCUGUAGCAGGCACAGUUGCCGCAGUGCGUCGGCGGGGUUUACGUCCGCGUGCAACGGAGAAAGGAGAAUUGGAAACGGCGGAAGAGGGGCCCCGCUCGGCAGUUGUUGCCCUUCCGGUAGGCUCGGGUGCUGAUGCUGCAGGCAGUCGGCUCAGUGAUGCGGCAACCACCACAGGUGCUGCGGGGGCCACUGCAGAAGCUGCUUCGGCGAACCAAGCUAACAGCAGCCGCAGCAUCAGUGGGUGUGGCCGAUCAGGAGCAGCAACAACGAGGGCAGCAGCAGCAGCUGCUGCGGCGGCAGCAGCUGCUGCUGCGGCGUCAGCAACAGCUGUGGAGUCCUCGGCGGUGCCUGCGGCUCCCGUUGACAACUCGUGCAGCGGCCACAGCAACAGCCUUCAUAAGCAACGGCUACCUAAAACAGAGGCAGCUGAUACAGCGUCUGCUGCCUCGCAGGCGGCAACUGCAUCGUCACCGCGAAUUUGUACAGGGACAGACACAGGGAAAGCUCGGGGAACAAUGCUGCUUCGAUGCCGUGAGGCACGGCAACAACAGCAGCAGCAAGGACAGCAACAGCUCCAAAAUGGAAGGCGCCGCCUCGCGGAUUCAGCUUCAAGCGAUUCGAACAGUGAGAUGGAAGAGUGCAGCACCAGCACAGCAGUGCGACGCCGCAGCUGCAAUGGCAGCAGCAGCAACAGCGGCAACUGUAGAGCUUCUUACACUGGAGGUGCAGCAGGUACAACAAGCGCCCGAUUGCUGCAGAGCAGCACCCGCCAACAAGAAGGCCACUACACCGAAGGUCAAUUAGUUUUAACUGCGCCCGUGUCAGCGGGUAGAAACAGCCGCAACUACGACAAUGCAAAUAGCAGCUGCGGUAGCAUCGUCGCGCGAAGGGGACGAAGGAAGGUAGCUACCGCAGCUGCCAGCAAACGAUGUAGCAGUAACAGCAGCAACAGUAGCUUUUCCUCACUGUCUGCUGCUCACGAGACCCCUGUCAGUACACCGAGAUCUGCUGCUUCCACUACGUACAUGUCGCUCAGACCCAGGUCUUCUGCAGCUGCAGCGACGCGCAGCAGCUCCAGCAACAACCUCUCUUCACCGCAGCAACCGCAGCAGCAGCAACAGCGAGCCUCAGGAAAGAGGCAGCCUGUGCAAGAAGAAAAAGAAGGCACGUCGUCUCUUGCGGCUGUUGCUGCUGCUGCUGCGCAGAAGCACAGGCAUACCAGCGGUAUUUACAACAACAGCAACAACAGUAGCAGCGGCAGCAGCAGCAUUCAGCAACGACCGGUUCUUCGUUCGCUACGAUCUGUAUCGACAAGAGCUGCGGCGGCUGCAGCAACAGCUGCUGCAUCUGCCCUUCAGGGCUCGCCACAGCGAGUGCCGAGAGCAGCAGCAGCAGACGCAUGCACACUGAAGUAG